UCGUUUAUUCCUUUUACUCAUUGUUUUUCGAGUAUUGUUUAUUGUUUUAAUCAAAGUUAGUUGCUCCGCUUGUCAGUUUACAUAAGCAAUCUCACAGGUGGGACUGAAUCUAAUCGGCUCUCCUCUGCCUGGCCAGUUUCCAUCCGCAGCGCUCAGAGUUAGUAAGUUUAGUUGACCACUUUUCCGAUUCGGAGACACAGGUGCAUUUUCCGUGACCAGUGCCUCUAAUCCCUGCGAUCUGUUCGGUUAUGCGCCAUAUAAUUGAUGUGGUUUCCACUAGAGCGUUAACCAAAGCCGAUCACGACUGACAGUUUGCUUUGCCGCGGUUGGGCAACCACUGUCCCUGUCCCCCUGAUAAGCUCCGAAAAAUGUCGAAAAUAAGGCUCGUCCACUGCACCAUGGAGCUCACAAUCAAAAUGCAAACAGAGCCGGCUUUAAGCAAUUAAGCAAAUAGCCAAGUUAACACUGCAAGUGGCGACAGAAGCUCACACACUCACCCACAUGGAACAAAACUCACGGGACUGAAUCUUACGUAGAGCCCCAAAAAUAAAAUGGAGCAGUGGAACAAUGUGGAGCUGACGAACAUGUCCAAAAAGUCGUAUACCCUGAAUCAUGCCUACGAUGCCGCCGAGAAGUUGAACAAGGAAAACACGGCCAAGUCCUCGAAUGGCAAUGGCACCAGUGCCGAUGAAUCAGCAGCUGCAGAUGGCGAUCUCCUCAAGCCCGGAUCGGACGUGCGCCCAAAAGUGGAGCCCGAGGACGUGGAGAGCCUGCUGAGACGCCUCUACGGGAUCACGAUAAGCGAGGUUAAGGAAAUCGUCGCCUACGACGAUCGCAACUUCUUUGUCAAGGAGGAUAGCAAUGUUAAGAACCCCCUCAUUGUGACCCACUGUCCACACGGAUACGUCCUGAAAAUCCUCAACUCACUGGACUCUAAGAAAGAGGACUUCGUGGAUGCCCAAAACCAGAUGCUGAUUUACUUGGGAAAACACAGUGUGAAGUGCCCACGACCAGUAGCCAAUGCAACAGGAAAGUAUUACUCCGUGGAACGUCUGAAUGGGAAUUCGAAUGUGGUGCGACUGCUAGAAUUUAUACCGGGAGAGAUCUUCCACCAGGUGCCGGUGACGAAGCACCUGCUCUACCGCAGCGGCGAAUACUUGGCCAGAUUGGAUCGGGCGCUCAAGAACUUCACCCACCAGGCAUAUGAAACCCACAAGACCUUGUGGAUGCUGCAGAGUGUUCCGGAGCUGAGGCAAUUCCUGUACGUGGUGAAGGAUCAGGAGCUGCGGCUUAUCUGCGACGAGGUUAUCGAUGCCUUCGAAGCCAAGGUUCUGAGCCAACUGCCCUCCAUGGAGCACCAGAUCAUCCAUGGGGACUUCAACGAACAGAAUAUAGUGGUGGAGCAGGUGCCCAAUCAAACUGAAUACACCAUUAAGGGAGUUAUUGAUUUCGGUGAUACGAGCAAAUCGCCACUGAUCUUCGAAAUUGGAAUUGCCCUCACUUAUAUGAUCCUGCAGGCCAACGAUUUGGCCAAUGGUGGCAUAUUUCUGUCCGGUUAUAUCAGUCUGAACCCCAUUGAGAACUCCGAGCUGACCCUUCUCAAGUACUGUGUGGCUGCCCGAUUGGUUCAGAGCCUGGUAAUGGGACUCUACACCCACACGCUGCAUCCCACAAAUGAGUACCUGCUGGUGACCCAGGAAAAGGGAUGGAAGCUCCUCCAGAAGCUGUGGCGCGAGAGCUUGGGCGAUAUUGAUGAGUUGUGGGCAAGCACUGGACACCAGUACUUGACGCAGAGCAAUAAAUAAUAUACAAUUC